AAAAUAUGAAUUAGCUUAUGUUUCUUGGCUUGCUUUGCUAUUCCAUCCAGUGUGCUGCACAGGUAUCUGGUCAGUGUCUGGUCGCCCUAGUCGCACGGCCGGCAUCGCUAUCCUAUCCGUCGUCGAGUUGACGGUAUUCCCAACGUCGACGACGAGGUCGACGACAUCCAUCAACGACCCCACGAGCAGUCCUGCCUCCAACAACAUCAAUAGCACAGUAGCCAACACUUAUUAGCAAUCUUCAUAGGCACUGGCAGAGAGGGAGGGAGCACUAUGGCCGUUGAGUCGCUGCCGUUUCAGCUGCGUGCUAAUAGCUUUGAUUUCGCCGAGCUCGACUCCAUUCACAUUUCUCUAGAAGCCCCCGGGCAGUUCGUAAAAUACACUGCCAGAGAACAUGCUCUCAAGGUAGCAAAGCACCUCGGCGUGCAAAAGGGCCUCAUCUACCUCCUCGGGACCCAGUCUGCAUCCGCCGAGGACUCAGAUCGCGAACUGCCCUUCCGGCAACGCCGCUACUUCUACUACCUCAGCGGCGUCGACUUCCCCGACUGCUCACUGACCUACGACAUCGACACCACCAAGCUAACCCUCUACAUCCCCGCCCCUGAACCCUCCAAAAUCAUCUGGCUGGGCCCGACGCCAAGUAUCCAGGAAUGCCUAGAUAAGUACGAGGUAGACCAGGUGACCUACACGUGCGAACUGAGCAACCACAUCUUCAAAUGGGCUGCCAGCAACUCACACCAGAAGAUCUUCCUUCUGCACCCCACCCACACCCCUCCCAGCCUAGCAACCAUGACCAUAAACCUCGACGCGGCCGCCCUCCAACCCGCCAUGGACGAAGCCCGCGUCACCAAAUCUGCAUACGAGGUCUCCCUCCUCCGCCGCGCCAACGCCAUCUCCUCCUCCGCGCAUCGCCGCGUCCUUGCCAGCCUGCACUCCGCAACCAACGAGACGCACCUCGAGGCUACCUUCCUCCAAACCUGCAUCGCGAAGCACGCCAAGAAGCAAGCCUACGCGCCUAUCGUUGCGUCGGGUGAGAACGCAAGCACCCUGCAUUACGAGGCCAAUAACGAGAACCUCGCGGGCCGGGAACUCGUUUGCCUCGAUGCUAGUUGUGAGUGGGAAUGCUACGCCGCGGACAUCACGCGUACCUUUCCUAUUAGCGGGACAUUCAGCCCCGAGGCGGCGGCUAUCUACGAGAUAGUCACUGAGAUGCAGACGCGCUGUAUUGAAGCACUGCAGCCGGGUGUCAUCUUCCGGGACCUCCACGAUAUGGCGAUGGAGAGUGCGAUUCGCGGCUUGUUGCGCUUAGGAAUUCUGAAGGAUGGGACGUAUGAGGAGAUCCGGGAUGCGGGGACUGGACGCCUGUUCUUCCCACAUGGACUCGGCCACCACCUCGGCCUCGAAACGCACGACGUCGAAGGCGCCCAUCGUCUCCUCGCAGCCGCCACCCCCUGUGCCGCCUCACUUGCCGUCCCCCGUCCGCCCCCGCCACCGUACACGCAUCGCCGCAAGGUUGAAGUGGGGAUGGUGCUCACCGUCGAGCCUGGGGUGUACAUCUCGCGAUACGCGGUGUCAGUGUACGGCGCGGACCCAAAGCACGCGAAGUUCCUCGAUUUUGGUGUGAUCGAGCGGUAUUAUAAGGUUGGUGGGGUGAGGAUCGAAGACGAUUUACUAGUUACGGAGGGUGGGUGUGAGAAUUUGACGACGGCGCCGAAGGGGGAGGAGAUGUUGGCGAUUAUUAGGAGGGGGAGAGGGGAGGGGGAGUGUGAUGGGAAUGAGGGGGUUUAUUAG